AUGUUUGCCUCACGAUCGAGUCGCGAUCUGGCGUCACAGGCGUCAGCAUCGCCACCACGGAGCCACAGGAAGGGCGAAACACCCCUGAAGAGGGAGAAUAAUUCCUAUGGCGGCACGCCCGCAAGGAAAGGGCCUCGUCCCUCCUUCAUCAACGACACCGAACGCGUGCACCGAAAGAAGCCCUCCAUUUCCUUCGCCGAUCUGGACUACGAUGACAAAUUCAAGACUAUAGCCCACAGGAAGCAGGGCAAAACAAUUACGGUCCUCGGUCAAUACCAACUGGUCGAGAAGGUGGGCAAGGGCGCGUUCGGCAUUGUAUAUAAGGCACUCCAUUUUGAAACGGGCAAUCACGUCGCCAUCAAGCGGCUGAGCAAGGAGGGCAUCAACGAGAAGAUGCUCCUCAACCUCAAGGGCGAGAUUGACCUCCUCAAGACGUUGGACCACAAACAUAUUGUAAAAUACUUGGGCCUGGUGGAUUCGGACAACCACAUCAACAUGAUACUCGAGUACGCCGUUUGCACCACCACCACCAUGCGCGCUUCGAAGUUUGUUGUCUGGCUCUGCUCACACCAGGCGCGCUUCGAACAG